CAUUAUGGGGUUUAUGUAUAGAUGCUGUUUCACCACCAUUCACCAAGAGUUUCACCAGUUUCACCAGCACCAAUAGGUUUAUGCCAUCAAAAAGUUACCGGCACCAGUGUUGGGCUGGACAUGGACAUUGGGCCACCUUGUCGGACCAAAAGUAUUGGACAUUGGACAUUAGGGUGUUUCAUGCAAGUCUAAUUACAAACAUAGUGCAGGUG